AUGAUUUUGUCGUCCGUGAUACUUUUCUUUGCAUUUUACGUAGGUUGGAUAAAAUGGAUUUAUCAUCGAUAUCACAGGACAUCCGUAAUGUCAGGUCUUUUAUCCAAUGACCCUGAACAUAAAAGGGGUUUCCGAGAUGUACAAGAAACUUCUCUCGCACUUGAUUCAGGGCGAGCAUUGUUUGUAAUUGCACAUCCUGAUGAUGAGUGCAUGUUUUUCAGUCCUUCAAUAAUUAUGUUGUUGAAGCAGAAUGUUUCUGUGCAGUUGUUAUGCUUGUCAUCUGGUAAUUACUACAAUCAGGGCGUGCAGCGCAAAAAAGAACUCCUCGACAGUGCAGCCGUUUUGGGAAUAGCAGCAUCCCAAGUCUUCAUAAUUGAGCACAAAGAUCUUCAAGAUGACCCUAAAGCAGAAUGGAGCAUUUCUCUCACAUCAAACCUGAUUUUGAGACACAUCCAGACACAUUCCAUCAACGUUGUACUGACAUUCGACGGAAGUGGAGUAAGUGGCCAUGCCAACCACAUUGCCAUCUACAAGGCCCUCAGUCAUCUUGCUGUCACUGGGAAAGUACCACAUGACUGUCAUGUCCUGGUUUUGAACACCAUCAGCAUCUUCAGAAAGUAUCUCUCCAUCUUGGAGCUGCCUAUCAGUUGGCUAAUUCCCUCUGACCUGUGCUGCAUACUUAGUUCAAAAGAGUAUAAACAAGCCAAAAGGGCCAUGUUCUGUCAUCGCAGCCAGUUGUUGUGGUUUCGCCACCUCUACAUACUCUUUUCUCGCUAUAUGUUUGUCAACACAUUCCACGACAUCCCCCUUUCCAGGAAAGAUAUCAAAGUCUAUUAGUUUGACCUUCCAUUUUGUCCUCACAACUUGAGGAAUGAACUAAAUUCACCACUUACAACUAGAGGUAUACUGACCAAUUUACCGAAAUGACUGGUAGCCCCUAUGGACACACUAACCAAUGCACUGGAACAAUUACGUUGUUACGAGUAUGGACACACUGACCAAUACACUGGAAUGACUGGGCUAUGUUUACGAGUAUGGACUGGCCUGCAUAAAGACACAGUUAAACCGUAUGUUACUUUUUACCGACUACGGCUGCUGGUGUAUGCACUGACAUUUUAUUUUAAUGUUAUUGAGUUGUAUCUUCCGAUUUUCUUCUUGACCCUUUGUUAAAUUGAAGCAUAUACCGGUAAUAGCUCCUGUUGAACCAUGCUAAUUGAUGUUGCCUUUGAUUCAUGACUCUCCUAAAGAAAACAUUCAGUUCAAAUUGAUCUCAAUGGACACUGUUAGGACUGUUCUGUUACUUGGUUUUGUGAAGAUGAUUUGUAGUAGGCCUGUUUUUACAUUCAUGCUGCAGAGCUGGUGCCUUCCUCGUGUAAUUAAGGACUUUUAUUCCAUUACUGUAAAAAUAAAUAUCUUUACUAUGUUAA